AUCGCGCGAUAAUAGUUAUCAUAGUCUUUUCCGUAAUUGAUUAAAUCAAUUAUUGCUCGAAAUAAUCCGACCAUAUGACACGAUUUUACCUCAGUGAUCAAUUAUGGCUCUAAUUGUGACACUUUUCUGCCUAGCACUCGCCAAAAAUGUUUUGUCUUUAACAUGUCUUUCGUCAAACUCCACAAGCCCAAAAGCCGCAAUUUUGGGUCUGACUCCCAACAUUGAAUUAGACUGCAAAACUUACAUCAAUCAAGUUCGAAAAAUUCAAAAUUUAAAACCGCUUGAAAAUCUCCCCGAGAGUGAUUUACGGUGUUUUAGUUUAUUUGUGCAAAGAGAUUUUGGAGAAGUGGUAGUUAAAGGCUGUGCUCCGAAAAGUAGUUGUGAUAUGUUGAAACCCAAUUACGCCAAACUGUCACGAUUCCCAGUCAAAUGUGUCGAAUGUGAGGGAAAAAAUUGUAAUAAAGCAUCGAGGGAACAGUUCAGAACGGUUAUUGUGAUCUUUGGCCUGAUUUUUAACUUCUUUACUAAAAUUUAAAACAUUGAGGUAGGCAACCAAUUAUGCAACAUUUUUCUCAACUUAGAAAUUAACACAAAUAAAUGGUCUUUUAUA